AGAAUUCUGGGAUAACUACCAUGGGUUCCUGAAUGCAAGCUUCUCAGGAAAUGUUUUGUGUUCAGAUUUUGAGGUUAAACCAAUCCAUCUUUUGCUUUAAGGCAGAAUGAUGCGUUUCAUGCUGCUUUUCAGCCGUCAAGGCAAAUUGAGGCUCCAGAAGUGGUAUACUACGUUACUUGAUAAAGAGAAGAAAAAGAUUACUCGGGAACUUAUUCAAAUUGUGCUGUCUCGACAGCCCAGAAUGUGUAGUUUUGUUGAAUGGCGGGAUCUCAAAAUUAUUUAUAAAAGAUUUGCUAGUUUAUAUUUCUGUUGUGCAAUAGAGGAACAAGACAAUGAGCUUCUGACUCUAGAAAUCAUUCAUCGCUAUGUGGAACUUCUGGACAAGUAUUUCGGAAAUGUUUGUGAACUGGACAUUAUCUUUAAUUUUGAGAAGGCCUAUUUCAUACUGGAUGAAUUUUUAAUUGGAGGAGAAUUGCAGGACACCUCAAAACAAAGUAUACCAAAGGCGAUAGAAGAAGCAGAUAUGCUUCAAGAGACCAUGGAAGAAUAUAUGGCUAAACCAACAUUUUAACUUGGCAUUGAAGAACUGGAAGGCAAACCACAUGCAUAAAGCUACAGAGUCUUAAAAUGUAGAUAUUUACAUUUGUUGCUGCAUCACAUUGUAGAAGAAUGUCACCCAAAAUGCAGCUAGUGCUGUGCAAUAUUGAGGCAUAGUAUGUUUUUCAUGUUUUGAUAUGUAGAGAUCUUAAUGUAUUCUUCAUUCUAAGCUUUCCUUUGGUUAGCAGGAGAUUUUUCACCACCUUUUUUUUAAAUGCAAUCCUUCUUGAAGGAGAUUAUAUUGUAUUUCUUCUAUUGUCAUUCAAAAUAUUCUACUUUUAUAAGAAGUAAUCAAUCUGCCAAAUAUGCUUCUCAUCAUUAAUAAAGCAUUCGUCCCGAAGUUCACAUUGUACUAAAUUCAGAUAGGAGAUGGAGGUUGUCAGUCAAUCUAAUGGCUAUGCAUUGUGGAAAAUUAAUGAAACUGUGAUAAGCUUUUAUCUUUCUGAUAAUUUUUUUCAAGCUGGAAGAAUGUUACUUUAAAAUAUUUGAAAUAGUUUGAAGCUGUAAAACUUAAGCAUUUGACACACCGUACAAGCUCAGACAAUCAUACCAUACAAAGGGGAAACUGCAUUUUCACCAGGGAUGACUUUGAAUGAGAGUUCCAACUGCUGUUUCACAUGGAUGAUCCAUAUCAAUAUUCAAAGGAAGGCAAGGAAAUGUGCUUCAGUCAAUGUUAGCUAACAUUGAUAACAAAUGUUAGCAAACCAAUUCAUGGUUUACAUCAUUGGACAGUUGAAAUUAUUUACAUACAAAUGCAGCUGAAUACAACAUCUACUAUGCUGACCCCCUUCUGAACCCCUGAAAUCCAUUGGAGAUUGUGGUUUGAAACAUGAACCUCUGUGAAGUUCUUGGCAGGUAACUUUGUCCAUUGUUCAGUGUGGGAACAGAUAAUUAAGAACAAUGAUCGUCAUCUUUUAAGCGCAUGGACAUAGCAUGACUAUAUAUCAUCCGUUGGAAGUAUAGAAUUAGGUUAUCGGUCACCUGGAAACUACAUAAGCCCAAUGCAAAUAAAAUCUUCUCUGUCUUAUUUAUUAUUAAUCUUCUUUGAUUAGCAAGGUUGCAAUGUGCUUAGUUGCAACCUGUGGGUUUUCAGUAGCAUUGUGUCUUCUACAAGCUCUCUCUGUAUCUUUGUGACAUUCAGCUAAUAAUUGUUAUUGAUUUCUUAACUUUAUAAAGUUUAUUUUUUUUC